UCUAAUCAGUUCAGUUCAGUUCGGUCUUUGGAAAAUCACUGAAGCGCAGUUCAAUCUCCGUCAGACAUGAAGGCGUUCAUCGUGUUGUCCAUGGCCGUGGCCAUCGCUUCCUGCGCAGCAGUCGAUUCCAAGAAGGAAAAGCGUGGCCUGUGGGAGGUCAACGAUUACCAUCAUGGCUUUGACGAUCACCACGUGGUCGAUGUGCAUCACAAGGAGAUCAUCACCAAGAAUGUGCACGUGCCGUACCCGGUGGAGGUCGAGAAGCACGUCCCAUAUCCGGUGAACGUUCCGUACCCGGUUGAGGUCGUCAAGAAGGUUCCGGUGGUGGUUGAGAAGAACGUCCCGGUUUACGUCGAGAAGAAGGUGCCGGUUCACGUUGAUCGCCCAGUUCCAUACCCAGUUGAGGUCAAGGUCCCGGUCGUCCACAAGGAGUACGUCGAAGUGCCCAAGCCGUACGCAGUUCAUGUCGAGAAGCCCGUCCCGGUGUACGUGAAGAAGCCGGUUUACAUCGAGAAGCACGUUCCGGUCACCGUCCACAUCAAGGAGGUCCACCAGAAGAAGCACUGUUUUGAAGAGCUUAAUGGGUGAAUAAAUUGUUGAAAUUGUA